AUGCCUGUGCCCGAAAUCAAGCGGGACAAUGUCCUUGUUCCCAUCACAGAUAUAAAAUGGGUCGCCAAGAAUGUAUUCACUGUUUGUGUGCCGUUAUACAAGAAAGUGAUCAGCUGCGAGUUAGCUGCAGUUGAUGUGCCACGCGGCACGGCACCUCUCCUUGAGAGCACUUUAAUGGCAGUACUGGAGCGCGUACGCCGGGCACCGCAUAAGUACCUUCGGCAAGAUUAUUACUCCUCUUUUCCGCUGCAGGGCUACGGUGACAUCGUCUUCGCCUUGGAGGUUGAGAGGGUGAUUGGUGAAGUUGAGGCUGAGGAAAAGGUUACACAAUGGGACUCGUUACAGGAAAGUCUGCUGCGGCACGGUGCUGGACGCAUUGUGCGUCCUGUCAACGCGCGGUUGGAAUACCUUAUUGAUGCGGAAAUACAGGGCUCGUCUUGCCCCCUCGCAGCGCGGGACAACGGGGUAGAGCCGUGCACAUGGGCGAAGGGGUUGCUGACGUUUGAGUCUAGUUCAAUGUUCCGUAAGGUAUUGACUGGUCGAGUGGUGGACGUUCUGCGCGGGGAUGUGUACGUGGUUCACUGGGACGAAGGGUGUCGCAGCAACAAGACGGACAACAGUGACAUGUCGGAAGAAGCGUGGCCGCCCCCACUUGUUGUCCUGGAUGCCGUGAAGUGCUUCUCACCACGGACUGAUAUUGGAUACAGGGCGAAGCGCUGGAUGCAGAAAAAUCUCAUUUUUUCUCAUGUUGAGGUGUGCGUGCACUGUACCUCCCCCUCGGAGAAGGAUGUGGCGAAUAACACACAACUCUAUUUUCAUGAGCAACUACGAUGCGUCCGCGCGAGUGUUCGUCUGUUGGAUGUGAAUGCUCCUGCGGGUGGGGGUAGUGCGCGUAGCAUUGGUGAUGUGGGUUGUGAGCUGAUUUCGAUGGGGCUCGGAUUCGUACGACAGGUUCUGGACGCCGCAAUGCCGCGUGCAUCUGGCUUCCACGACCUCCUGCGAGCCGCCAGCACACGGUGUUGCGCUGCUGUUACCGAUCCUCUUGAUGCCACGGUUCCGGCCGCCGAGAAUACAUCCGCCUUUGGGGAAUGGGUGCUUGAAGGCCCGCCUAUACCAAGUGGCGCGGUGCAGACGCUCAGGAGCUUUUUUGGCGAUGCGUGGCUUGGCUGCCCUCCAUUGGUGGCUCUCUGGCAGACUACUAUGUGGUCCGGGAGAAUCGACAGGAGUGCACACGAUUACCCCCCGUGUGUUCACGACGACCGCCCGAUGCGCACUCUCUGGAGCAUGGAGACACUGCUGAAGGAGAACAUCACAUUUGACGGGUACGUUAAGUCCAUGUCAUUAUUGCAGGAGUCACGCGUGGCGCAUCAUAAUCCUCAUCACAGACGAGGGCUGCAACAGGAUCAGGAUCAGGAAAAUAGGGAAUCACAGCCUCGUCUGUUUCUUCGCAUGGAAAUCAAUGCUGUGUUCACUGACGCCACAGUUUGCAGCAUAAAGGCCAAAAUGGAAGCAAACAAUCUGGGCUCUAUUACUCUGUACCCGCCUGAGGGGACCAUCUUCAGAAGCAGCGCCAAUGUGUCUGUCGUACAUGAGAGAAUGCUGAGCGCUACUCAGCCCAAUGAUGCGGUGUAUCUCUCGGCCUCCGUCACGUCAUACCGACCACAUAUGUACGAUCCCAAGAGGCACUGUCCCGCUUUUUUUGACAAUACGGUACGGUCUGAGGACGGCAAGCAGCAGACGAGAAAUGUGAUUAAGCUGAAAAUCGAAGACAAUGCAGGGGAAAUGUUUUUUGUUGUUGACGUCGAGGUGCAAUUUGGCAGUCGACGUGAAGUGUUACGCCAUCGUGGCAUAUAUCACCUUAUCACGUCGUCGCAGCUCCUUGACGAUGGGAGCGAGUCGUCGCUAAGUGAAGGUAGCGAUGGUGAUGGCGAUCGCAAUGAUGAUAUCGACAAGGAGAAAGACUCAUUGCCCGGUGACAACAGCAACGGGGUGGAAAUGGACGGACAAAGACACGGGAGGCACUCUGCUGACUUGCUGGAGUCUGCGGCAUAUGGUACAGAGACCGUGGAAUCGUGGAAUAAAGAGACAGUGACGACUACAAAAUAUUACCACUGUAUUGUUGACUUUUACUUCGAAGUGGAUGCAGUAAGAGCAAAAGAGGGGAAUUUUCCUACGCAGAAGAUGCGGGAGUGGGGUGAGCGAUUGAUGUACCGUGAUGUGCACUGUGUGCCGGUGGGCAUCGGUGUUGUGAACGGGGAUCGGGGAUAUAUAGGUGACAUUCGGCAAGUUGCUGCUGCGGAACAGGACGGCUCCACCAGUCCUGCUGGUCCUGUUAAUGGUGGGACUCACAGUGUCCUCUCUCAACUAAUGAAGGAGUGGUGGCCAGCCGAAUAUCAAUCUCAGGAGAUGUGCGGCCGUACAUGGGGGAGUACACCAUAUCUAGUGAAAAAAUGGUACCUAAGAAUGCCCCUUGUAAUGGUUAGACAGGAGUCCGAGAUUCGAGAGAGGUUGAAUAACGAGUAUUACGAGCUGCUGCAGCCUCUAUGUGAAAAGAUGCACAGUGCAGGGUUGGCUGUGACGAAUUUUGCAUCCUUUUUGGAUGAUUGCCGCACUCUCAAGAAAGGGGAGGAGCGAGUGUCCUCAAUUCAGGACCUCGAUGGUAGCAAGAGCGAUGAUGAUGAUGAUAACGACAACGACGUUUUCGCCGUGAGUGCUGGGAAACCCACGUUUUGGUACCAUGUAGAAGCGGAGGUGCCACCCGUUGAGGGAAGAGAAGCCGUCAGUGUGUGCGGCGCCGUGCAGGCGCACCCGAAGAGUAGUCGAUGCGGACCAGCUCUUUGGCCGGUGCUUUCUCUGUCGCUUCUGCCGCCGAAUCUUCCCCUCUUUGUGUUGUCGAUCUCUCCACGCCAACUCUUCACCUCACAUCAUGAGCAUCAUCGCACGGUGGCCUGUGGGAGUGCAUCGCAGGAUAUAAGGCCAAACAUGAGCCUUCACAUCGAUGCGAGCUUCGUGCGUUUGCCGCGCCGCUUUCUCCCUUUUCUUUUCGCUUCCAACUACGAACGAUUGCCGGUGGCUAUGCGUAACGUGGAACGGGCCUUUUGUGACUCGCUGCAGCAAGACGACACACUGCGCCAAGCGGAUUCGCCAAAAACAAUGCUUUACGCAGCCGAAGGCCCCUUUGUGGGGAUCCUCUCCGCCCUCUUGUUGUUGCAACGAAAGCCACACCAUGAAUGCGGUACACACAGUUGCCCAAAACAUGUCUACACGGAUGUACACAACCUGAUGGAGAGCGAACAAGUUGCUUCUUAUGAGAUUCAGCCUUCAGUCUGUUGCCGUGGAGUACUUUACAGAGUGUACCCGGAGGUGGACGGGGAAAAAGAAGAGCAACAACAGCAGAAGCAGCCCGUCCUAUUUUUUGGAUCGCGCGACACCGUUCUGAGUGACGCGUUUGACACACCACAGUGCGUAUUUGCUCGAAAUGGGCGUAUCGUAAAGCGGGCCGUGAGUGUUUUGGGACUCGAAUCACUCGUUGCGCCUCGAGCGGGUUGUAUUGUCAAGGAGGAAAGUGACGAAACUUGCGUCCCGCUUGUGGAGACAAGUGGUGAGGAAUGUCACCCGAUGGUCUCAAGGGGAAUGGGACAAUAUCCACUGACGAACGCCACCCCACGCCUCUAUCACCGGUUCUCUUGGCUCGCUGUGCUCGGCCCGCCCCUAUUCGCACAUGACGAGUUCGACGCCGAGACACUAGGCCGCCGCAUUGAGCUUGCUGAAGGGGGAAAAUUGGUCCGCCGCCACGUUGCGGUGAUGUACAUGCCGCUGAAUACGUCUAAGAACCCAUACGUUUCAUCAUCAUACGGUCAAAUGUCCCGGCGCCGUGUUUACCGCAUACAUCAUAAACGCGUGGAGAAAGGUGGAUGGCUGAGGGACUACCUUUCGCUGCUGCUGCGUUGCCGAUCCGUGCAUGCCGCUGACGCCGAUGACACUGUCCAGAUUGCUGAUGGUGUUUUGCAUGUGUAUGGAACUGCAAAUGAACCCCUUUAUUUAUUCUAUCAGACACGCAAACAGCUGCGUUUUCAUCUUGGUAUGAUGCUGCCCUCCAUUCUUGCUAGUCCGGACAGCGCGGAAGAUGCGGCAAGCGCAGAGGCUGAGUCUGAGGAGCAGUUAAUACGUCAACUGUCCGAGGCCGGCAAACGCAUUAUUGAGCUGGUGGCGGAGAGGACGGCACAGACGUCGGGGUCGAUGAAAGUGAAUGAGGAGAAAGAGCAACCGCCCUCGCGUGUCUACCUUGAUAUUCGUGCGGACUGUCAGUUGCUCGGUGAUGUUUCCAACGUUAUGCGAGUUUCCGUUUACCCGGUAGUAGGGGAAGCGAAGGAGAGAAAUACGGCAUCAGAGAGCAGCACCAAUCCCCAUCAGCCUUUCGACAUGUAUGAAAACGUGUAUGGCGUCCUUGCGCAAGACGUUCUUGUCGUUAAAUACGUUGAAUCUCAAGGCGGUUAUGUUUUUGAGUGGGAUCAAGACUACGAGCGUACGCCGGAUUCACCCAGGGGGGAUUCUGUUGGCCAUUAA